UGAGCGUGCUCCACUGGUGCUGCUGCAGCAGCAAGACACUGGCUUUUAUCAGGACUCACACACACAGACACACACACACACACACACACACACUCAUACAUUUGCACAUGCACCACUCGCUCCAGGAAGUGCUCAACAUCAAGCCAGAGGAACAACAGUGACCUGUGAGAGCCAAAACACAUGCAGCUCUCCGCUCUCUGCUCUCAACGAAUGGGACUCUCAUGUUUAAAUAUACAGAGAAACGCAGAAUGAAAGUGGUACCAGGAAGGAAGUAAAGGUGGAUCUUGAUCUUGCGCUUAAGAGCUCAGAUCCUGGGAGCUGACAACAAGUGCAAGAGAGGCCAAACUGAGGAAGAGAGAGAAAAAGCAACGUUUGCUCUGUUAUGGUUUUAUUCUAUGUGGGAUCGGAUGGACCCCCGUCUAGAGUGAUGCAGAUGGAAAAUCCAGUCCGUCAGGACAUGCAGUUCUACUAUGUGGGUGACCACACGUGGACCACCAUGCUGGGCCAGAGUGUGAAGCUGCAGCCGGUCCCCAUCCAGAGUCUGUCUGAGCUGGAGAGGGCUCGUCUGCAGGAGGUGGCCCUCUACCACCUGGAGGAGCAGGAGCUCGACUUCAAGAUCACCAUUCCCACAGAGACCCGCAAGAGGAGGAAAUCCCUCAGGAGAAAGUUUGAUUCAUUCUCUAAAGAGAAGAAAGAACGAGAAGUGGCUCCAAAAGCUUUUGGUCUGCCCCUGUGGCAAGUUAUUGCAAAUGACCGCGCACACAAGCAGCGGCAGGAUGCGCUGAAGGAGAGCCGGCGUGACUGUCUGGACUUGGAGGCCAGUGUGAUGCGCUUCCGUGCUGAGAAACGCCAGCACUAUGGCAAUCCAUCGCUGAACAGUUUAUUGCCCAUGCCUGGCGCUGCGUCGUCAUCAGUGCUGGAGAUAAGCAACAAGCCGCUGUCACCCACGUUCCUGGACAACAACUCCAGGGUGCAUCGCAGGGGCGGUCUGUCUGUGGACUCCAUCUCAGACUUGGUGGAGAGCCAAUCCAGACUCCUGGAGGCCCUGCAGCUCUCCCACCCUAAUGAACUGGACAUCAGGAAGGCCGCCACAGGUCGAACCCAGACCAAACUCAGCCUCAAUCCAAUCUAUUGUCAGGUGCCACGUGUGGUAGAACGCUGCUGCAAACACAUAGAGACCCACGGCCUCCAGACAGUUGGAAUCUUUCGAGUUGGCAGCUCAAAAAAGAGAGUUCGGCAAUUGCGUGACGACUUUGACAGUGGUGUGGACGUCGCACUGGACGAGGAGCACAGUGUGCAUGAUGUGGCCGCUUUGCUGAAGGAGUUCCUGAGAGACAUGCCAGAUCCACUGUUGCCGCGGGAACUUUACAGUGCCUUCCUGCAUGCCAACAUGCUAAGAGGGGCAGACCAGUUGAGUUAUUUACAGCAGUUGCUGUACCUGCUGCCACCUUGCAACUGUGACACCCUCCUGCGUCUGCUGACGCUGCUGCACACGGUUCAAGAGCAUGCACAGGACACCACAGGACCUGACCAACAAGAGGUCUUGGGCAACAAGAUGACGGCAACGAAUCUAGCUGUGAUCUUUGGGCCGAAUCUACUACAAAAGGACAGAGAGCUAAGCUCACAGGGUCUGGGCAUUGAGGACAGUGCAGCUAUAAUCUCAGUCACCCUCUACCUCAUCCAGAACUACCAACGCCUCUUCACGGUGACAGCUGAGCUCCAGCAGGAGGUGCUGAUGAGCCUUAUUCAGACGGACCCAGACAUCAUUGACUACCUUCUGCGUAGGAAACUCAGUGGCAGUUCUCUGACCGUGGAGAGUGAAGGUGGAGGUGGGCAGCAGGACGUCCAGACGUUGGACUUGGUCGAACAGAUGAGUGGAGACUUUUCCCCUCCAGAGCCGCCCUCGCCCCUCUUUCCUGACACGGCGGGUGGAGGCAGCCUGACCAGCGAGGUCUUCCUUAACAUGCUGCGACUGAACACCAGUAGGAAACGUUCCUCUGGGUGUCCUGGGAAGUCCAUUGGUCACAUGCGUCAGUUUCACUCCCAUCACAAUCUGCUGAGUUUGGCUCAGCCCUCCCAAAGAGAUGACCUGGGCUCCCCAGAGCACAGGCCAGGGGACAGGCUGGCCAGCUCAGGAGAGGGCCUCCACUUCAGCCUGGGACUCGAGUGCAGUGGCUCUUUCCUCCAGAGCUCUGCGGAGAACAGCAUAUGGGUGCGGCAAUCGGGCCAGACGCCGUCCAGCAGCACGACUUCGUUAGAGGAGAGCAAACAGCCCACCAACUUCUGGGACUUUUUCACGGGCAAGGUGUCCGGCUCGGAGACUUUAGUAUGACAUAAUGGAGAUUGGUGCCAUAGCUUGACCACCCUGUGUCUGGACUUGUGUUUAACCCACCCCUCCCUCCAUUCCUUAACCACAUACAUAUAUGUUUUAUAUAUGGCAGUGUGUAUGUCAUAUCAUAGUGCAGUGUAAUCAUACCAAGUUUGAUCCCUGUCACUUUUUGAUGUUCUACCUUAUUGGGUCUCAUUAAUGAAACUUUAAAAAUAUAGGCCUACUACAAAAUUGUGAUUGACUGAUCCUUCUAGAGAACAACUCUCUACAGAACUUGCCACACCAGCAUUCUCAGAAUGCAUGUGUUAAUGAAUGUCAAUUAUGUAGAGAGGGUUAUACAAACUGAUUAUUCUCGUUAGCACUGAUACCAUCAGCUACACUCCACUUCCUGUGCUCUGACGACAUUGAGCACAGAGAACCGGAAAACUAGUAGUUAGCGCCCAUUUCACAUUUUAUCAAAUCAAUCUGUUCCUCUGCUUGUAUUUCAUGAAUGAGACCCAUGUGUAGGCCUAGUGUGCAUAUCGCUGAGUGACUGUAAGUGGUUGUUGGCUGAAUGUUGCUGUGGCCUAGUUUGUGCCAACAAAAACGGCUAUAGUGUAAGGAAGCAUCUUUUUUCCUGCUCCCACUUUACUGAACAAAAACUGUUGAAAGAAUAUAUUUCAAAAUUUGGGUCAGAUUUCAGAUAAAAUGUUUCUAAUGUACCUGUCGUUCAGUUCGAGCAAACCCUAAAUAUUAGGAUAUUUGGAUGAAUGAAAAGGUGCUAAACCUGUCCUCUUAUCCUGAUAAGCUCAAAAAUUGGCACAUUUGGAAGUGCGAUGAGAGAAUUUUAGCCCUUGGUUUUGAUAGGGCAGAUCCUGUUGUGUAUAUUUGGAUCAUGUAUUUGUAGCACACACAUAUUACUGCAUAUGGUUUAUACAUAUAACUGUUCAGUUAAGAGGACCUUUACACUUGCAUUCAUUGAAGACCUGCUUGUUCUCUACUGCAUUUAUAAUAUUUUGCAGAUUGUUUUCAUACUAUAGGUUGAAUAUAAGGCUAACAGGGUCUCCGUGGGACAGCUGUAGAGUCACUAUGUUCUAAGAUGAGAACCUAGAAUCUAGAAUCUAAGAUGUGGUCAUCUGUGUUCAAAGAUGUGGUCAUCUGUGUAUUGUGUGAAACUGAUGCCAUCACAGUCAAAAUUAUUUUCCAUUCAGACGAAACAAUUUUCUGCUCACUGAUUAUGCUAAAUAGUAUUAAGUAAGUAUUAUCUACUUAACAUAAUUUAUACUGUUGCGUGACCAGUGCAACAACUGGAAAAGCAUACAUGCAUACAACAAUUCUAAAUUCAGUUCAGAUCAAUUCUAAAUCUCAAAUCAUGAAUGUAUAUUUGUAAAUUGUAUUUGUUUGUUGUGCAAAGUAUUAAUAUCAUGUAAGUGUAAACACUUCACAAAGCUUUGCUUUCUUAUUUAUGAUUUAUACACACACACAAACGUUAUUGGCAUCAUUUUCACUCUAUAGACAUGGCAUACACGUAAUUGUUCUGAAGUCAAAUGCAAGAGAGUUACCAUGUUCAUGUAUUAAACGUGACAUUCACAAGUUUUCAAAUUAAUGUCUCAUUUUGGGCUUCCAGGGGAAUGAGGGGAUCAUGACCUGAUAGACAUUUUUGUAAUGAGAACAGAUACCAACAAAAACAACAUCAAUCACAUUACUUUUAAAAAUAUCAUAAAAAGUUAUUGUGAAUAGCAACCACAUUGAUAUUCUGUUGGUAGCAUUCAGUUAACAUUGGAGCAGGCCUCAAAGAUGCACAAUAUACACCCAGCUAAUUAAGGAACUGGUCUGCAGAAAAAAAAAUCCAUUAGCCAUUGGUCUACAUUACAUAGCCCUUCACUCCUCUUGCAAACCAGACUUGUUUGCUGCUGUAACUUGCUAAAUAGCUUGACACAUUAAUUUGCUUCCAGGCACAUUGGUUGCCCGCUGCCAUAAGUGCUAUCAACAAGGUUAAACGAAUGCACUACAAAGUCCGUCAAACUCCAUGGACAGGUUGAGGCCGGGACCAUGUGAUCCCUUGCGUCCAUGCUGACACUUAUAGACAUGCAAAGAAUUGCAUAGAAAAAAAAGGGAAAAAAUGGCCAUGACUUGGAAAAGCCCAUCUGACCAGUCUCAAUGUGAGAAAAGCUGAUAACAUCACAUGAACUUGAAAAAUGGAAGGAAACAGAGGGGCAAAACUUUGACCCCAAAUAUCUGAUUCGGGGCAAGUUCUCUGCCUUUUGUCUCAAAGGUCACAACAUGGUGCACAGCCUGGUGGGUGCUGCUGGAACUUUAAAGUACAUUUAAGGUACACUAGGGGGUGGUGUUUAUCCACGAGAGAUUGUCCAACUUAAAUGUAGUGUUUAUAAGAGACAUAAUUUGCUUUCACAAAAUACUGUACAAUGUGGUGUUUUUCAUUUUUAUGUUUCGAUGCUCAAUGGAGAUAUUGUGUGUCUGGAUCUCUGAUUAUGAUAAAAAAAAUGUACACACUUUUGUAUAUAUGUAACUAUGUACACUGAUAUAAUAUAAGCAGAACCUAUGCUGAAAUGUAAAUUCUUUUUGGAAAUACUUUUUUAUGUGUUAAAAAAACAUAACUUGUGGGAUACACAGUAACCUACAAGUGAAUAUUUGUAUGCUAAAUGUGUUGACAUUUACAGGAAAAGUAAAAAUGUGUGUUGACAUCUUGCACAUGUUCGGAAAGACAAGCAUAUCCCAGGAAUUAAGAGAUCAAAGAAGCUGCACUUGUAGUAGGUAGUAGGUAGGAACAAAUCCAAAUCCAUUCCAAACUUGCUUGUGGUAUUGAUUUAUUAGGUGGCAGGAGAGCAUCCUGUCCUCAACCACAUCAUCCUUUUCCCAACCAACCAA